AUGGCUUGGCUUGGUUUAGACAAGGGUGGAGUUAAGUUGGAGAUUUUGUUUUGGGAUAGGCUUGGCUUUGCUUGGUUUGGUCCAGUGUGGCUUGGCUUGGUUCAAGCUAGUAUGGCUCUAAGUAAAGGUAGAAGAUAUUUGGUUAAGAAGCGUGUAUAUUAUGUGGUGAAUGUCGUUUGUAUUUUUUCAGAUAAAAUAUUCUGGGAAGGGAUAAGCUACGAUGCGUGGAAUGGUGCUUUAUGGCAUUCCUUACAGGAUAGGCUAAGUAAGGGUGGCUCAAUCAAGAGCCAAGGUGAAAUAUAUUUGAAGCUUUAUACAAGCAUAGGUUCGUUCAUGAAUGACAAGUCUUCAAGUUCUUGAACAUUUGAGUUAAACCUGAUUUUUCAAUCAUUUUCCUGGAAAACUAGAGCAAUUGAAAUGUUAAUUUUUUCAUUGUGCAUCUCGCAUUGUCAUCUGAUGUGAU